AUGGGCAACGACUUGGAGGAAACAAGCUGCAGAAAGGCAUCACAGAAGCCUCCCCGUCAGCGUAAGAGCGUCAAUGCGUUGCAAGCUGGUAUCCAUGAAUUUCUCGAUAUGCCAGAAUCACAGUCUCUUCUCACAAGUCUUCAAAUACCACUUGAGGCUCUGAGAAAUGCCUUACCAAAACGCUUCACGAUUUAUGAACCACUUGUUCUUCUUCCGGCAAAUGCCUUCACCGCACCCCCAGAUUGGGGCAGACUUUAUGCAGUCUUAUCAUCAAAACAGCGAGAAGCACUUUACUCCGCAAUAGCAAGGGCUUUUACACGACUAGGAGUUACCCAUGUUGCGAUGAAUGCUCCGAUCACGUUGACCAAUACGCAAGGGCUCGACAAUCGAAUGCGCAGUCCUGCUGGUCUGAUCCCAUUAUAUGGCCAUUUUCAAGACCCGAAGUCAGCCCCACCCCCAGGCGACGAAGACGCACAGCCUAGUGCUGAAGAUCUCAAAGCCGCCUUCUGGGUGCAAGCUGUACAAAACCAUGGUAUUAUCCAGACAUGGGCACCCUUGUAUACGAUGUUCUCUCGGGGAAACAUCACAGAGAAAGCACGUAUACUGGGAGAAGGUCCUUCCAAAGACACAUUUCCAGGACUAGAUCGGCCUUCUCUACAAGGGCAAUCGCUUGCAGAUAUCAGUGUCGUUGACAUGUAUGCAGGUAUUGGGUACUUUGUCUUCUCAUAUCUGAAGCGAGGUGUCAAGCGCGUGUGGGGAUGGGAACUGAAUGGUUGGUCAGUUGAGGGUCUCAGACGUGGCUGCGAGGCAAAUAAAUGGGGCUGCAAAGUGGUUCGCAUUCUGAAAAACGGUCAAUUGGAAACGCCAGUUGAAGAACUAGUGCACAAUCUCACAGAUUCUGAUCGGGUGGUUGUGUUCCAUGGAGACAACAGUUUUGCAGCAGAUAUUUUGGGAGAUAUCCAAUCGAGAACGGAGAAGUCAGGGACAUGGAGUCCCGUUCGACACGUCAAUCUAGGGCUUCUCCCCUCAUCCCAACCGUCUUGGGAUAAUGCAUGCCGAGUGCUUGACCCCCAGCGAGGAGGUUGGCUUCAUGUUCACGAAAAUGUCGAUGUGCGAGAGAUAGAGGAGAAAAAAGAAACCAUAUCGUCUGAGCUUGCCAAACUUCGCAAGCAGGUUCAUCGUCAAAAUGGUAUUCUGCAAGAUCCUUGUGUGGGUUGUUGCCACGUGGAGAAUGUCAAGACCUAUGCGCCUGGUGUAAUGCACUGUGUCUUUGAUAUGUCUCUAUCUCACGCUCAUUGA